AUGGCGCCUUCUGAAACCACGGAGGAUUAUUACUACAUCUUGGAGAUUUCGCAGUCAGCAAACUUGAUCAGCAUCAAAUCCAGCUAUAAACGCCUUGCAAAAGCCCGCCAUCCCGAUAAGAACCCUACAAAUCCCAGCGCAACGGUCGAGUUUCAGCUACUCCAGGAAGCAUACUCAGCCUUAUGCGACCCCGAGACCCGUCGAGCCUAUGACAUCCGGUAUCCAUCGAUCCAGCGCAUGUCGCAAAAUGGAGAUAGCACUACUCAUCAUGUUCCUUGCCAACCAGCCAAAUCAUCGGAUACGAAAAGCGAAAAUGAAAUAAAGUUAGAACGAUUAAACACAACGAGACUUCGCAAAGAAGGUGAACUGUUCAAUGAACGGCGGGAGCUUAGCCAAAUCCGCCGAGACUUAAGAUUACUACAAGAUGAGGAGGCCCGAACAGAGAGAGAGAAAGCUAGCAAGAACGGUUGGUGGGCGUAUAUGGCUUCAUUCGUGUCGGUAAGCACGCGAGAAACACCAGAGCAAAGAUUGGAAAAGGAACGUCAGCAAGUGGAUAGAAGAGCCGCUCAUAACAUUAAAGAGAGGAUAUUCGAGAGGCAAGACUUCAAGGUCAAGAGCUCGGAGACCAUCCUCCAGAGCAUUAACGAUGAGAUCAAGAAAGUUGAGCUGGCCAUUUGGAUGCAAAAACGUGAAGAAGAACGGGUGAGAAUGAGACAAGCUGAAAUGAGAGCGGCACAAGCCGCCCAGGAGCUCAGAAGAGCUGAGGAUGAGAGAAUUCGCCGAGAGUAUCAACAAUCCAUGAGAGCAGCUGAGAUGGCCAGGAUUCGGAGAGAAGAACAAAUCAAGAGACAGCAAGAGGAACAUGUUCGCAAAGAGGCUGAAGCCAGAAGAGCCAUGCAAGCUGCAGCAGCGGCAAAGAGAAUGGAGGAAGAUGCGGAAAUGAGGACAAGGUUUUGCCGAGGCACCUCGAUCGACUCGUCCUCCUUCCCUAUCACCUCUUCCGCUUGCAACCAUCGAGACUUCUGGGCUCAAAUUGAGGGUGGUCACAAGUGUAGUAGAUGCAAGAUCACAACUACAAAGUUCGCAUUUGAAUGUCCAGGGUGCGCCAAGGUGGCUUGCGCAGAUUGUCGGAGAGCUAUCAAGGGGCAACCACCAAGAUUCAAAGUACAACAACGGCACAGGAAAGGGACCUUUCGGUAA